UUCAGUUUCUGGAGAGUAACUGCCAGACCCUGGAAAUCGUCUCAUCGAACAAGACUGCUGUGGGAGCCCAGGAGGACUUGAAACAUGGGACAAGCUUGAGAGGACAGCGACGAUCCUUUGUCACCACAUCCCCCACCCCUGUCCGUUAUGCGCGUCUUCACACAGUCUGCACAAGUGUGUGAAAUUCAAGAACCUGAACGUCAAUAGUCCCAUCAGCCUUGUAAGGGGGGGCAUAACCUCUGCUACAAUUGCCUACGAAGUGACCACAGAGCCAACAGUUGCAACUCAGGAAGCUGUAGGAAUUGCAACAAACCCCGUCACACGUUGUUACAUGUUGAGCAGAAUACAGACAACAUUGUUGCAACAUCAAGGCGUGCUUCCCCUCACAAGGACGUUCUUUUGUCUACCGCUGUUGUCAAUAUUAAGGAUAGUCAAGGUAGAACUCAUCAAUGUUGAGCAAUGAAUCUGGUGUCUCGAGACCUAGCGGACAGGUUGGGCCUCAAGCUAAAUCAGCAUUCUGUCCCCAUCAAUGGUAUAAGCAACAUGCAGGCAACGGAAUCCCUUCACUUCUGCCAACUACAGAUCGAAUCCACCGUCGGAAGUUACACCAAGCGCAUUGUAUGUUCCGUACUGCCGCUGAUCACUAGAUCAUUACCGUCAUCAAGAAUCAACUAUGAAGGAUGGGAAUUGCCCACCGACAUUCCUCUCGCAGAUCCGCACUUCUACCAACCAAGGGCCAUAGAUCUACUGCUAGGUGCAACUGUAUUUUUUGAAGUGUUGAGGCCAGAACAGCAAUCCAGGCAGGGCCACCCAACACUCCAGAAUACUCCGUUGGGUCUUGGCAGGAUGUAUACCUGCACAUUCCAUGGGACAACGGAAGACGGCAACAACCUCGUUGUUAACCACAACUCAUGACUUGCAUGCACAAGUGGAACGAUUCUGGCUGCAAGAAGAAUUGACGACACGCCACCUGUCCAAGGAAGAGAGCAUGUGUGAAGAGCAUUUCACAAACUCUGUUACCCGUGAUGAUGCAGGCAGAUUCAGAGUGAGGCUACCCUUACAGCAAGACGUUGGAGAACUUGGGGACUCCCUUGCCACUGCUAGCCAGAACUUUGGGUACACGGAAAGGCAAUUACUGAGAAACCCAGAUUUGAAGAAUGAGUAUGUCAAGUUUAUGGAUGAGUGCCUGCGACUGGGGCACAUGGAACUCAUUGACCUUACUGACCAGCAUCGGUCUUGCUAUUACAUGUCUCAUCAUGCGGUAGUAAAGAAUACAAGCAGCACUACCAAGGUUAGAGUAGUCUUUUAACGGAUCAGCAAAAGCCACCUCGUCAGUCUCGCUGAAUGAUUUGAUGAUGGUAGGCCCAACCAUCCAGCAGGAUCUGUUCUCCACAUUACUACGCUUUCGCACACAGACGCGGAGAAAAUGUACCGACAGAUUCAAGUGCAUGAGGACGACAGAGACCUCCAGAGAAUCGUGUGGCAAAGUCAUCCAGGUCAACAGUUAGAAAUGUACCAUCUGACCACCGUAACUUACGGAACCGCUGCAGCUCCUUUUCUGGCAACACGAUGCGUGACGGUCAACCUACACAACCAACUGCAGCUGAAGUAAUUAAGAAUGACUUCUAUGUUGACGACCUGCUCACAGGAACAGACAUUGUUAGUUAAGCUAUCCAGCUCUAUGACGACGUCACAUCAUUGCUCAAGAGUGGAGGGUUCCCUAUUCCGAAGUGGCGAUCCCACAGUCUAGACAUUUUGGAGGCCAUUCCAGCCGCACUUCAGGAGACACAGGGAACCUGCAAUCUUCCUCUUGACGAGGGCGCAGUGAAGACUCUUGGACUGCACUGGUAUCCCAGUAGUGACUUGUUCCAAUUCAGCGUGGUGGACAGCAGGCACAAGAAUGUGACAUGGACGAAGAGAAUGAUGCUGGCUAAUGUAGCGUCCAUAUACGACCCAUUGGGAUUACUAGAACCUGUCAUCGUACAGUGUAAGUUAUUCAUUCAAACCCUUUGGCAACGACAGCUGGAUUGGGACUCGAGGUUGCCUUCAGAACUUGCCACGCACUGGGAGGAAAUUCACCAACGACUGCCUGAUCUCAACAGGAUUAGCAUACCCAGAAGAAUCACAGCAGUUGGCACAAGCAUCACUGUAGAACUUCAUGGCUUUGCCAAUGCCUCAGAAAGAGCCUACGGGGUAUGUGUCUAUCUAUGUUCCGUAAGCCCAAACGGAACCAUCACACUUCAUCUGUUAUCUUUGAACUCAAGAGUGGCCCCAUUGAAGCAGGUGUCGCUCCCAAGACUGGAGCUGAACGCCGCCCUUCUCUUAAGCCAGUUAGUAGAUAAGAUGCAUAGGACCCUCAACCUACAAAUUGUUCAACGCUUUUACUGGACGGACUCCACAUAUGUUUUAGCCUGGAUAGCUGGGUGCUUGUCAACUUGGAAAACAUAUGUGGCCAACAGAGUCGCGGAGAUCCAACGGCUAACCGCUUACCGAGCUUGGAGACAUGUCGCAUCACAGGACAACCCUGCGGGCGUCAUCUCCAGAGGAACGGACCCACGGCGACUUCAAGGCAGUCAGCUAUGUUGGGUGGGACCUUCCUGGCCAGCACAGCCCCCAGCAGAUCCCGAGAAGGUUCCCAAACGGCGAGGAGUAAAGCUAUGCUGCAUCACCGUCUAUUCAGAGAUAGAAUCCUUAUUCGAGCGAUUCUCCAGUUGGGCAAAAUUACAAAGAGUCUUUGCCUAUGUUCUCAGGUUCCUCUACAAGCUGAAACAAGGUGCAGCAUCAGGCCGGCAUGGACCGCUGACAUCUACCAAGCUUCACAAGUUGCUGAUUGUCAUUGCUCGCAUUACACAGUACUCAUCGUUUGCUCAGGAGAUCCAGAGUUUGCAGCAAGGGAAAGCAUUACCCUCUCACAGCAAGCUUCUGAUGUUACAUCCCUUCCUGGAUGGGAACAACCUGUUGAGGGUGGGCGGUAGACUGGAGAAUGCUGACAUACCCUUUGAUCAGAAACACCCCCUCAUCCUGCCAUCCAAACAUCAUGUGACCAAACUGUUGAUGUGGAAUGAGCACAUACGAUUGCUGCAUGCUGGAAGCCAACUUCUUCUAGCAUCGCUGCAACUGCGAUUCUGGAUAACUAAUGGCCACUCGGUUGUCAGCAAGUGAUCCGAAAGUGUGCCACGUUUCAAAACGAAGGCCGAGGCCACCAGGCAGCUAAUGGGACAUCUGCCUGCACCUCGCGUCACACCAAGCAAGCCAUUCUUCCAUUGUGGUGUGGACUAUGGCAGACCCUUGCGAGUGAAAUACGGUAAUCCUCGAAGUAGAACCCAGAGAAAAUGCUAUACAGCCCUGUUUGUGUGCAUGGCGGCUAAGGCCAUACAUAUUGAACUAGUCAGCGACUUGACAAUUGAAGCCUUCAUUGCUGCAUUACGGAGGUUCAUUUCAAGACAUGGGCGCUGCAGUCAGAUGUACAGUGACAACAGCACAUAUUUUACCGGAGCGAAACGACAGCUUAGCGAGAUGUCUCGACUGCUAGGCUCAAGGGAUCAUCUUUCUGAUAUAUCAAGAUAUGCAGUUCAAGAAGGGAUGGAGUGACAUCUAAUCCCCCCCCACUCCCCUCACUUCGGCGGACCAUGGGAAGCGGGUGUCAAAUCAGUGAAGACUCACCUGAAGAAGGUAGCUGGUAACACUCUUUUGUCAUUCGAACAAAUGACCACACUGCUCACGCAAAUUGAGGCAUGCAUGAACUCUAGGCCCAUAAUUCCAAUACCUAGCAGUCCUGGUGAUUGUGCGUUCCUUACUCCAGGGCAUUUUUUGUUUGGUGAGCGCUUAAUGUCCUUCCCUGAACCAGAUUGUCAUGUCAGGCCAUCCUCACAUCUGUCAAGAUGGCAACUGGUCCAGCGGUGCCGGCAGCUCAUCUGGAGGCGCUGGUCGGCAGACUACUUGGGCCAGCUCCAGCAGCGUUCCAAGUGGUUGCAGAACCAGCCUAAUCUUCGACCAGGAAGGCUGGUGCUCCUGAAGGAAGAUAACGCUCCUCUCACCUGGCCGAGAGGCGUCAUUGAGGAGACCCAUCCUGGGGCUGAUGGCCUAGUUCGUGUAGUGACUGUGCGGACCAGCAAGGGGUCUUACCCAAGGCCAAUAACGAAGAUUUGUCCGUUCCAAGACGAACUAAAUUAACAGAUCGCAUCAUGUGAGUGAUGAGGACUGUCUGGGUGCCCAGGGAAUCACCCGAUGUGUUCAUUUGUGUGGAGACUUGUUGCUUAGUUAACUAAUUUGUAGCUUAAAUUACGUGGGCGGCAUGUUGAGUGCAGCCAUUCUAAGUAGUUGGAGCCGUGGCCGCUUGAGGGCGGGAUCUCUCAGGUUGUGACAUGGUGGUGCCUGUGCUCGCCAGGGAGCAGCAGGACGGUUGCUAGAAAGUGAGCGUGGGGGCACGUGUCUCUUGGCGUCACAAAGGAAGCAUGAUUUGUUUUGACAUUUACAGUACAAUCAAUUUCAAAAUAUAUUACCAUUUUCACAACACUGGUUCAUCUCAGCAUCCUAAAAGAAUUAAAAUACAAAAAUUAGAAGCCUUCUGGGUUAUUAUGUCAUGUGGGUUGGUGACAGACUGAAGUUUUCGAGGAACUGAGGUGUCCUAGCAAAUAUCAUCAUUGCAGCGUGUCACCUGUAGCCGUUUCGUCUCCGCUGCUCCGCAACCAAGUGAUGUGAGCUGGGUAGAGCUGCUAGCCCCACCCAGCUCCGCAACCAAGUGAUGUGAGCUGGGUAGAGCUGCUAGCCCCUGGCAGCUAUACUCGUCGCACGCCCCGCUGCCUUCUGGGUCGCCUUCCAUCGUCCCGCUUGUUACCUGGACACACUCGGCUACUAGGUGUGUCACCAACUUUUUUUUUUUUAUAUAGCACGCAAAACCUUCUCAGGGUCUUUGCAGGCCUCGCUCAAACAAGAGCCUUGUAGUUACCAGCACCAAGUUAUUUAUUUAUUUGGUUAUUGCAAUUUGGUAUUUUUGUACACACUCUCUCUCUCUCUCUGAUUCCGGAGGGCGUAACCAAGCCUGCUUUGGUUUCAAUACAUGAAUACAACUAAAUUCACCGCCUACUGGCUUAAAUACUCGAGGGCCAAACCGGUCAUACCUUUGUCACUCAGCGUAUGUUACUAGCAUCCACACAAGCCUGACUGCGCCAUCCACCAGAAGGCCUUAGGCGCUAACGCCACCAUCGGCUUAAUUUCUCAACACUCAUAAUCACGAGACAUUUUCCGUCUCUGUCAAUCCCGGAAUUUGCAAACAUUUCAAAUCGCCCAGUCAAAAGCAGCCUUCUGAGUGCAAUUCAGGCUCAUGUACCAUGCUUUGCAAUUCCAGUAUAUUUAAUUCCUUGUAGCUAUAAACAAACCGGCCACAACCUCCCAACUGAGCUUUUGCUUUAUAUGUAUAUAUAAAAUAUAAAGGGAAAACUCAUUUGGUCACCUCAUGAUAAUAAUCUCCAUAACAACUACAAUAAUCCUUGAAAUUUAAACUCAAAGGGGAAAAUUUUUUUUUUUCUUUUCAUGUUUCAGAUGAUCCAAAUUACAAAUUAGUCACAACGUAUUAAAAGCAACAUCCUGUAUAAUAACACUCGUAGCAAACAGUGGUAUGAUAUUAGCUUAUCUCCAGGGCACCCCUUGAUUCCUGGAACACUAUCUCUCUCUACUGGCGCAUCCAAUUACUUUACUGCCUUUCUAGUGUACCAGCUCUGUACAGCAAUCUUUCUCAACUCCCAUUCAGUGUAAGGAUCACAGGUUUCGCAAUUCACUUUAAAUAGCCUGUACCAAUUGAUCAAAACUAUUUCUAAUUAAUAUUACUUUGGCUCCGAUUAAUCAAACA